AUGUCGAGCCAGAGUAUCAACUUGGACAAAUCUAUGGUUUACUUCAGCCCCAACACCCCUGCUUCUCAACGCUCGACUUUGAGUGGUUUGCUAAAGAUGAAGGUGGUGUCUAAUUUGGAUGGUUACCUUGGUCUGCCUAUCCUGAUUGGUAAGAAGAAGUUAGCAGCCUUCCAAGGCAUCGUGGAUCGUGUGGCUAAAAGGAUGGAUAGCUGGUCUAAAAGAUUAUUGUCCAACGAUGGGAAGGAAAUCUUCAUUAAGUCUAUCCUUCAUUCUAUUCCCACUUUGCACUUUGAUCAGGCGAGUAUGGUGGAGGGUAAGGAGAGCAACAGGGGUUGGAACAUGCUGGCAUGGGACUGGUUGUGCUACCCUAAGGGAAUGGGGGGACUUGGCUUUAGGGACCUUCAGCGGUUCAAUGUGGCUCUCUUGGGCUGGCAAGUUUGGCGUCUUAUAAUUUGCAAAGAGACGCUUUACUACAAAGUGCUGAGUGCUAAGUAUUUCCCUGACGGUGAUGUCUUUAACCCUAGGAGCAUGGACAAGCCCUCAUUUAUGUGGCAAAGUAUUGCUAAGGCAGCUAGCAUUUUGCAUGCGGGUUUUGGUUGGAAUGUUGGCAACGACAGGAAUAUUAAAAUUUGGCAUGACAACUGGGGCUUUGAAGGGCUGGCAGGUGAUUCCAUUUGUCUUAAUAAGAGGUGGGUCUAG